GGCCCCGACCGCCGGGAAAGACUGAUAAACUUUGAGCGGACCGGGACAGAAAAAAAAAAUCUCUCUUUGUCUUGAGAGGGCUGUUGGGUGGUCGCGGACCUGGGCUCUGUGCGUUGGGAAAGGGAAGUGGAGGUGAGCCUCGGGCUUCUAGCCCAGUCGCUGGGACCGCCCCAGCUACAGCGCUCAGCCCCACCCCGACUGGGCCACCGCCCUGCACAGUCUCAGGGAUGAGCAGCCGCCCAAGCUGCAGGGCCUCGGGUCUUCGGCGCCUCUGACCCUCGCAGGUCUCUGAAAGAAGAUGAAUUUGGCUGAGAUUUGUGAUAAUGCAAAGAAAGGAAGAGAAUAUGCCCUUCUUGGAAAUUACGAUUCAUCAAUGGUUUAUUACCAGGGGGUGAUACAGCAAAUUCAGAGACAUUGCCAGUCAGUCAGAGAUCCAGCUAUCAAAGGCAAAUGGCAACAGGUUCGGCAGGAAUUACUGGAAGAAUAUGAACAAGUGAAAAGUAUUGUCAGCACUUUAGAAAGUUUUAAAAUUGACAAGCCUCCAGAUUUCCCUGUGUCCUGUCAAGAUGAACCAUUUAGAGAUCCUGCUGUUUGGCCACCCCCUGUUCCUGCAGAACACAGAGCUCCACCUCAGAUCAGGCGUCCUAAUCGAGAAGUAAGACCUCUGAGGAAAGAAAUGGCAGGAGUAGGAGCCCGGGGACCUGUAGGCCGAGCACAUCCUAUAUCAAAGAGUGAAAAGCCUUCUACAAGUAGGGACAAGGACUGUAGAGCAAGAGGGAGAGAUGACAAGGGAAGGAAGAAUAUGCAAGAUGGUGCAAGUGAUGGUGAAAUGCCAAAAUUUGAUGGUGCUGGUUAUGAUAAGGAUCUGGUGGAAGCCCUUGAAAGAGACAUUGUAUCCAGGAAUCCUAGCAUUCAUUGGGAUGACAUAGCAGAUCUGGAAGAAGCUAAGAAGUUGCUAAGGGAAGCUGUUGUUCUUCCAAUGUGGAUGCCUGACUUUUUCAAAGGGAUUAGAAGGCCAUGGAAGGGUGUACUGAUGGUUGGACCCCCAGGCACUGGUAAAACUAUGCUAGCUAAAGCUGUUGCCACUGAAUGUGGUACAACGUUCUUCAACGUUUCCUCUUCUACGCUGACAUCUAAAUAUAGAGGUGAAUCUGAGAAGUUAGUUCGUCUGUUGUUUGAGAUGGCUAGAUUUUAUGCCCCUACCACGAUCUUCAUUGAUGAGAUAGAUUCUAUCUGCAGUCGAAGAGGAACCUCUGAUGAACAUGAGGCAAGUCGCAGGGUCAAGUCUGAACUGCUCAUUCAGAUGGAUGGAGUUGGAGGAGCUUUAGAAAAUGAUGAUCCUUCCAAAAUGGUUAUGGUAUUGGCUGCUACUAAUUUCCCGUGGGACAUUGAUGAAGCUUUGCGAAGAAGGUUAGAAAAAAGGAUAUAUAUACCUCUCCCAACAGCAAAAGGAAGAGCCGAGCUUCUGAAGAUCAACCUUCGUGAGGUCGAAUUAGAUCCUGAUAUUCAACUGGAAGAUAUAGCCGAGAAGAUUGAGGGCUAUUCUGGUGCUGACAUCACUAAUGUUUGCAGGGAUGCCUCUUUAAUGGCAAUGAGACGGCGUAUCAAUGGCUUAGGUCCAGAAGAGAUCCGUGCACUUUCUAAAGAGGAACUUCAGAUGCCUGUUACCAAAGGAGACUUUGAAUUGGCCCUAAAGAAAAUUGCUAAGUCUGUCUCUGCUGCAGACUUGGAGAAGUAUGAAAAAUGGAUGGUUGAAUUUGGAUCUGCUUGAAUUUCUGUCAACUCUUUAAUUUCUGGUAUUUUUGUUUAUAAAAUAUGAAGAAAUUCCUGCAAUUUUUAAAAAACAGAUUUGGAAUUUUUUUCAGUGGAGUGAUUUUCACUUAAAGGAAAAAAAACAUCUAAAACUGUGAAGAAUACUAAAUGUAGUUGAGAAAUAAUUCAGGGCGAGAGUUUGCUAGUCUCCCUUCCCUGGCUCUGUACUGGUAUUCCACGUAUUCCUGCAUUAAUAUUGCACACCCAAACCAGUCUAUCAGGGAGGCUGUAGAGAGGGAGCAGUGUGCUAUUUUAGAAACUUGUUUACAGAAGAUUUAGAAAUACCCCUAUUUCUCAUUUGCAGUUGUUUUUCUUUGUUUUUGUUUUUGUUUUUGUUUUUUUCCACUUCUUUGCUCUGUCAACAUGAGGGACCUAUCUAUACAGGUUGACUUUUAACAUCAAAAUUGGAUUUGUGUCACACUCUGUAUUUAUUGUUAAGAGAAGAAUGACAGUAUAUUUUGGAGGAAAUAAUUUACUGAUUAAACCUUUAGAAUUUAUGACUUACUGUUAGGAGUCUGUCAUAUGGUUAGAAUUUUUACUUCCCCUCCCGCUGCCAUUUAUUCUACUAGCUACUUAAUAACGUCUUGAGCUUUAUUGAGGAAUAUUCUCACGCUCUGUGGUAUUUGAAUCAUUUUGCCAGGUCAUUUCUCUGUCUUUAGUAUUUUUUUGCUGGUGCUUCUUAUACUUAAUAUGGAAAGGUGGGAAGAAUAUUGCAUUAGAUGUAAUUCUUCAUUCUAGACUUCCAAGUUUGUUUUCACUUUUCUUGUGUGUGUGAAGGAGUCUUACUCUGUCACCCGGGCUGUGUGGUGCAGUGGCAUGAUCUUGGCUCACUGCAACCUCCGCCUCCUAGAUUCAAGCAAUUCUCCUGUCUCAGCCUCCCAAGUUGCUGGGAUUGUAGGUGCGCACCAGCAUGCCUGGCUGUGUUUUCACUUUUCUUUCAAUAUGUUCAAACAGAUGUAUAGCCAUUAUUUUUCUCAGCUCCAACAUUGUUUGAUUUUUGUUGAAUUUGAUUUUAGUAUUUGAGAUAAAUACUUUUGCGUUCUAAACAAGUCCAUUCUCUGUGGCUAACACAAAACAAAUGAAAUCUUUAUAGUAUUCCAGACAGCUAGUUUAACAAAACAGCAUUGUACGUAACGAAUGAUGUUCAUUUGAAAAUUCUAAAAUUUGUCCUUGUCUAGGUUGAGAACUUUUACACACAGUAAGAUAAGGAUAGAAAUCUGACAUGCUCACUCAAUACAGCAGGAAUUACACCUUAGAAAGAAGCCAGAAAAAGUGAAUGGCAUAUAUCCAAUCACAAGUAAAUGAUCCUGGCGUUAGUUUUUAUGAUUACAUGUGUCUUAUUAGGCAGUUUAUGCUUUAAUGGUCAAGCUUUUAAAACUCUGUAUUUGAUAACAUCCUGAAUUCUCAGUUUUGAAUAGCACCUACUGGUUUAAAACUAAAAAUAAUACAGCUUUUUGGACACUUAAUCAAGAUACUAAGAAGGUUUUUUUUUUAAAAAAGAGAUUGAUUAUUUUUCCCUGCUAAAAACUAUAAAUGCCUUAUGUUCUUUUCAGAUAACUUAAGUCUGACUCUAAACUCCAGUAUUCAUCUGAUGCUGUAAAUUGCCCUUCUUUCUGAGACACAGAUUAUAAGAUGACAGAUCAUAAGACAUCAUGAUUUUAUUGUAAUUGAAUUCUUCCUAAAAACUGAGAGAAGUUUCCUUUUAUUAACUUUUAAAAUAAAGAAAUAAGUAGUUUCAUUGAGAUUAUUUUGCAAACGAUUGCCAUUCAGAAGUGUACUUUUUUUCCCCUGAAGUUGUAGGAGCCAUCACUAAAACAUUAGUCUUGUGAUUGUUAAAACUUGUUUGUAUUGGACUGGUGCAAAAGUAAUUGUGGUUUUUCCAUUACUUUCAAUGGCAAAAACCGCAAUUACUUUUGCAUCAGCCUAACAAUAGUUGAUUAGUGAGACCUUUUCUGGGUUUCGUAUUAAUUAUCUUGGUGUGCAUUUAAUUAUUUUUCUGAAUUCAUGGAUAAUGACAUAGUAAUUGUGUUUCUUUUAAUACCAGUUAUUCAGUAUUUGGCAACUCAGACUUCCUAGGAGCUUAUCUUGACCAUGUUAAGUGAGUCAGCUGUGCUUUGUAUUUCCCUUGUUUCUCAUUUUGCCCUAUCAGUGGAUGGUAAAUGCUUUGUAUGUCUCAAAUCCCUUAAAGGAUCUUAAAGACAUCCCUCAGGUGUUCUAUUUAACUUUUAUUUUAUUUGAUUUUAAUUAUUUUAUUCUAUUUUAUUUUAUUUUAUUUUAUUUUU